UGCCCCGACCGACUGGUUACCCGAUCCACCCACUCUUGACCCGCGCGCCGCUGCAGACCUAGAGGAGAAGAAGAGAGGAGUCGGCGAAGCCCGAAUUCACCUCUCCCGGAGGCUCUUCUUUGUUCUCUCGCAGAUAUAGCCAUUGCUUGAAUCUCCCGGAGGGCUCUUCCUUCAUUGACAGGCGGCAGGGAGGAGUUUGGGGACAAAAGGGGUUCUAGAACCUCAUGUGACUUUCAUCCAUCUGAAGCUUACUAACGGUCAAAGGUCCCAUUUUUUUUUACUAACGGUGAAAGGACUCUUCAUAAAAAAUGAGACCCCUGUUCUUCCUAAUAUAUUCUGAAGCAAUUAGCGGCAACCAAGAAAAUUAACCCUCUUUUUCAGUGUUGUCUUCCUCUUCUCAACUCCAUAAGAAAUUGAAUGAACUGCUACGUGUGUUUUGGAUAAUUGAAUGCUUGAGGUAUGUAGUUACAGCAUAUACCUUAACAAUACUACAAUUUUUUGUUGUGCAGGUGAGUGACCGUUGAAGCAGUAUAUGGCUUUUCUAAAUGGGGAAUUGUCAAUACAUGAUAAAUCUUCAACUCCUGUUAAUUUCCUUCAUAAGUUUCUUAUGUAGAGAUGUUUAGGCAUAUCAUAUAUUCCAAAAGUGAUUUAUUUUACCAGUCUCACUUGACUUCUUUUCUAGGCCGUCUCCCAUUAGUUUUUCCUAGAAACUGCAUGAUUCAUAAACUAUCUUUAUUGGAUCCUACAAAUUUUAGGCCUUUCCCUGAAUAUUCUCCAAAAAAACCCACCAUAAAAGAUUCGGAACUUGUCUAUCAGAUAGCCUCCACCAUUAGACAGCGGCGCUCUGAGCCUUUAAGGCGUAUCUUAAGACCUUAUGAAUCAAAAUUCCGGUCAGAUCAUCUCAUUUGGGUCCUCAUGAACAUAAGAAAUGAAUACGAGCUAGUUUUGAAUUUUUUUGAUUGGGCAUGCAUGCGACGAGACCCGUCUUUAGAAGCCAAUUGCAUUGUCAUUCAUAUUGCCGCCACUGCAAAAGAUGGCAAGAUGGUCCGCAAGAUCAUUCACGAUUUUUGGACAAAACCUAAUCUAGAUGUUACUCUCUCCUUUGCACAAUUUCUUGAUAAGCUUAUCUACACACAUAAAGAUUGGGGAUACAAUUCAUCAUAUGUCUUCGAUGUUUUCUUCCAAGUUCUUGUUGAGGUUGGCAAUCUUGACGAAGCCAGAAAACUUUUUGACAAGGUCUUGAAUUAUGGCGUCGUUAUAUCAGUCGAUUCAUGCAACUUGUUAAUUUCCCAUCUGUCAAAGAGAUCCAAUGGGAGUGAGAUAGCUUUAAGAGUUUUCAGAGAGCUUGCUGCUGAAGCAGGCAUUUGUUGGAACACUGCAUCAUAUAACAUUGUGAUUCACUUACUCUCUCGAUUAGGGAAAAUUAAGGAAGCUCAUAACCUACUUCUGCAAAUGGAGUUCAGAUGUUGUGCACCUGACGUUAUAAGUUAUAGCACCAUAAUUGAUGGGUAUUGUCGUGAUGGACAACUACAAGUAGUGCUAAAGCUCCUUGAGGAAAUGCAAAUGAAAGGAUUGAAGCCAAAUCAUUUCACAUUUGAUAGCAUAAUUUCUCUUUUAUGUAAGAGUGGUGAGGUUUCCGAUGCUUACAUGUUGUUUAAGGAGAUGUUGAGACUUGGAAUUCAUCCCGAUUGUGUGAUCUUUACUACUCUAAUCGACGGCUUCUGCAAAAUUGGGAAUGUUUCAGAUGCAUUUAAUCUAGUUCAUGAAAUGCAGAAUCACAACAUUACUCCAGAUUUAAUAACCUAUAGUGUUGUUAUUCAUGGACUAUGCCAAGCUGGAAAGAUGUCGAAAGCAGAGGAACUAUUUGGCGAAUUGCUCGACAAAGGGAUUCAACCCGAUGAAGUUACAUACACCACGCUAAUAAAUGGCUAUUGUAAAGAAGGAGACAUGAAAAAGGCAUUUUUGGUUCAUAAUAAGAUGGUUCAGUCGGGUUUGACCCCAAAUGUUGUAACAUACACCGCACUUGCUGACGGGCUUUGUAAAAAUGGAGAAGUUGAAACAGCUAACGAACUACUUCAGGAGAUGAGUGAAAAGGGCCUAGAGCCUAAUAUUUGCACCUACAACUCACUUGUGAACGGUCUUUGUAAAAUGGGGAACAUCGUGCAAGCCACGAAGCUGAUGAAAGACAUGUACAUGGCUGGUUGUAAUCCAGAUUGUAUUACUUACACGACUCUGAUAGAUGCUUAUUGUAAAUCUGGAGAGAUGAGUAAAGCUCAAGAGCUUCUUAGUGAAAUGUUGCAUAGAGAGCUUCAACCCACAGUAGUUACAUUUAACGUGCUAAUGAAUUGGUUUUGCAUGUCAGGAACGAUUGAAGACGGCGAGAAGCUAAUAGAGUGGAUGAUAAGUAAGGGUAUAAAACCGAAUGUCAUUACAUAUAAUUCUCUCAUGAAGCAUUACUGCAUUAGGAAUGAUAUGCGAAUGGCAACUCAAGUUUUCAAGAGAAUGUGUUCGGAACGAGUGAUGCCUGAUGGAAAUACAUAUAACAUACUUAUAAAAGGUCAUUGUAAAGCUAGGAAUAUGAAAGAGGCAUGGUUUUUACACAGAGAAAUGAUUGAGAAGAGAUUUAAAUUGACAGUUGCUUCCUAUAAUGCUCUAAUCAAAGGCUUUGUCAAGAGGAAGAAAUUUUCAGAAUCCGUGCAGAUCUUUGAAGAGAUGAGAAGAGAAGGAUUGGUUGCAGACACGGAGUUCUAUCAUGUAUUUGCUGAUUGGCAUUAUAAUGAAGGGAACAUGGAUAUUACACUUGAGAUUUGUGAUGAAGCAAUAGAGAAAUGUCUACUCGCUAAAAGCAAUAACAAGGAGAAUUUAUAGAUUAACCAGCCUAUUUGGAAACACUAUUUUUUUGUCCGACAUCUCACACGGAUGUGGAUUCAUAUGAGAUAAUGUUUAAGAAGUUUAUUCAAAUCGAAAAAAGUGUUUCCAAAUGAUAUCUGCUCUAAUGGGCUGUUGAGAUUCAUGAUGAUGAUUGGUUUUCCAGUCGGAGUUAUUCAGCUAAUGUGGCAUCUGACAUGCUUGUCUUUCCAACCUUUAAGUGGCAAAAGCAAACAGUAGCAGCAUCUUAUACUUGUGCUUAUGCUAUUCAGCUGUUUUACUUGAUCAUCUUCAUGCCAAUAUUAUUCAAAGCAAAAUGCAUUAACUGUGCGUCGUAAACUCGGACCAAGACUAGAAAUGGGAAUUCGGGGCCAUCCACAACAACCGGCUUUCUAAACAAAGCCUUGGGGAUUGAACACAACAAGCUUUUGUAUGUUUCAAAUCCUGCCUGUUGUUUAUUUGUGACAUCAACAAGGAAGAAUGAUCAUUUUGGUUGGCUUUUUGCAAAUAGAUUAUGUUGUUCAAAUUGUAAGGAAAAAAAGGAUUAGAGACAUGAUUCAUCACUUUGGGUUAUUUGAUAAUAUAUUAUAAUGUUAUUUGA